AAUCAUCCUGUCCAGUAGGCGGGCACUAUGUUUACAUAACCUAUUUAUGGUAUCAACCCCCUCUCCACUGUGUCUCUCACCGACAAGUGUGUGGCGCAGCACGGAGAGAAAUAGUCGGUAGGAUGUCUAAGGAGGGCCCACCACGCGAACCGGAGCAGCUUCGGAAGCUCUUCAUUGGAGGGCUCAGUUUUGAAACCACAGACGAUAGUUUGCGGGCGCAUUUUGAACAAUGGGGCACCUUAACAGAUUGUGUGGUAAUGAAGGAUCCAAACACCAAACGUUCCAGAGGUUUCGGGUUCGUUACCUAUUCCAAUGUAACCGAGGUAGAUGAUGCUAUGGAGGCACGCCCUCACAAAGUCGAUGGUAGGCUUGUGGAGCCCAAGCGAGCGGUGUCCCGGGAGGACUCAAACAAGCCGUUUGCUCACGCAACAGUAAAAAAGAUCUUUGUUGGUGGUAUCAAAGAUGAUACAGAAGAGGACCAUCUUCGCGACUACUUCACUGACUUUGGCAAAAUCGAUGCCAUUGAGAUCAUGGUUGACCACAAGACUGGCAACAAAAGAGGCUUUGCCUUUGUGACAUUCGACGAUCAUGACGCGGUUGAUCGCAUCGUCAUUCAAAAAUAUCACACUGUGAAUGGGCAUAACUGUGAAGUCAGGAAAGCUCUGUCUAAACAAGAAAUGCAAAACACCGGAAUGAACAUGAGAGGUCGUGGGGGUGGCAGCGGCGGAGGUGGUGGUGGCGGCAACUUUGGUAGAUAUGGCAAUAAUGGUGGUGGCGGCGGUGGCUACAACAAUGACUUUGGAGGUUCUGGAGGUGGUAGAGAUGGAUACUUUGGUGGACGAGGAGGUAGAGGAGGAGGAGGAGGCGGCGGUGGUUAUGGAGGUGGCGACUGCUAUAACAACAAUGGAUUUGGUGGUGGUUAUGGUGGAGGUGGCGGCGGUGGUCCUGGUGGUUAUGGUGGUAACCGUGGAUAUGGUGGUGGUGGCGGCGGAGGAGGUUAUGGCAACCAGGGUGGAGGAUACGGCGGCGGCAGCAACUACAAUGAUUACAACAACGGCAAUGGAAACUUUGGCGGAGGUGGUGGUGGCAACUUUGGCGGCGGCUCUGGUGGUGGUGGCGGCAACUACAAUGACUUUGGCAGCUACAACAACCAGCAGUCCAACUACGGCCCCAUGAAAGGGAACUUUGGAGGCGGAGGUGGUGGUGGAAGGAGCAGUGGCCCAUAUGGUGGUGGCUAUGGUGGUGGUGGCGGCUCAGGAGGUGGAUAUGGAGGUGGAUCAGGAGGCAGACGGUUUUAAGUUCAAAAGGACUGAGUGCUUUAGGAGAGGAGAGAGGUGACAGGGCAGAUGCAGGUUUACAUCCUAGAUCUGCUCAGCCAAACAGGUGUGGCAGGUUACAACUGCCACCAGAAGAGGUGUACAGUAGUGCUAUCAUGUGUGGGACGUCAUGAAUUGUCAUCAUGCAGACUUGUUUUAUAUAUUGUCUAUGGAAAAGCAUUCCAAUGAGGUUUUAUGUAGAUUUACUUUGCAGUUAUGGAUAUGAUUUAUGUAACCAAUCAAGGUGAAAUAAAACAUCCUUUUUGUUUUUUAAAAA